GGUUCGACUUAUUUUAGGGUAAAGUGAAGCCACAAAUGUCUACUCAGUUGGCAGCUCUUUUCUUUUUAUAUGAUACUUUUUCCAUUUCGAAAUAAGUGAAUUGUUGAGGUAUUUAUUAGUGUUUCAAAAUAAGUAAAUCAUUGAAAUUUUUUUCAAAUUACCCUUAUGAUUUAACAAUUAAUUAACUUUUAAAAAGAUAUUAUAAGGUUAUUUUUUUUUUUUGAGUAAAAAUGAAAAAUUGUAUUAAAUUUAUAUCUUUAAUGUUUUUUUUCUUAAUUUGUGUGUUAAAAUUCAACAAUUUAUUUAUUAUGAAAUAGAAAAAAUAGUAUGUAUUAAUUGUAAUUAUAUUAAAAUUUUCUUUUAUUUUCCAAAUAUUAAUUCUUAAUAUUUAUAUUAAGAAGUGCAUAAUUUUAUUCUCUCUUCUAAAAAAAAAAAAAAAAAAAAACCUAAUCCUCUCAAAUCUCAAUUUGCAAAUCAGCUUUCUGUAUUUUUUGUUCUUUGCUGCUCGCUAUCGCCGGAUUUGUUGACAUCGCCGGCAAAGGUCACGGCCUCAGCCUCACCGGCUACCUCUCUCCAUAGCUAUUGUUAAGUUUACUUGGUACCUGGAAGUCUGGAUCGUGGAUCCGCCUCUGAUCUCAAGCCUACAUGACCUAACCUCCUUCAAUGGAAGAGGCUUACGCCCGAUCUGUUUCAGAGGUCAUUGAAUUCUUUGGUGUCGAUCCAACUAAAGGUCUUACGGAUCUACAGGUUAUAGAACAUGGACGCUCAUAUGGCAAAAAUGUUUUGCCUCAAGAAAAAAGCAAUCCUUUCUGGAAGUUGGUGCUGAAGCAAUUUGAUGAUUUGCUGGUUAAGAUUCUAAUUGCAGCUGCUUUUAUUUCCUUUUUUUUGGCACUUGCUAAUGGAGAGACUGUAUUAUCAGCGUUCAUUGAACCUUCUGUUAUCCUGAUGAUAUUGGCUGCAAAUGCAGCGGUCGGGGUGAUCACAGAAACAAAUGCUGAGAAGGCUCUUGAGGAGCUACGUGCAUACCAAGCUGACGUUGCUACUGUCCUGCGCAAUGGUUGUUUCUCCAUAUUACCUGCAGCAGACCUUGUCCCGGGAGAUAUCGUAGAAGUGAGUGUUGGAUGUAAAAUUCCAGCUGAUAUGAGAAUGAUCGAGAUAUUGAGCGAUCAUUUACGUGUUGAUCAAGCAAUUUUAACAGGUGAGAGCGGCUCUGUCGAGAAAGAGCUUGAUGCAACGACUGCUACAAAUGCGGUAUAUCAGGAUAAGACAAAUAUAGUCUUUUCUGGGACUACAGUGGUCGCUGGAAGGGCAAGAGCUGUUGUUAUUGGGGUUGGAUCUAAUACUGCAAUGGGCAGUAUACGUGAUUCUAUGUUAAUGACUGAAGAUGAGGUGACGCCAUUGAAGAAAAAGUUGGAUGAAUUUGGCACUUUUUUGGCAAAGAUCAUUGCAGGUAUAUGUGUGCUAGUUUGGGUGGUAAACAUUGGGCAUUUUAGUGAUCCUACACAUGGUGGCUUCUUGCGAGGUGCAAUACAUUACUUUAAGAUUGCAGUUGCCCUGGCUGUUGCAGCAAUCCCUGAAGGGCUUCCUGCUGUUGUUACAACGUGUUUGGCUCUUGGGACAAAGCGAAUGGCUCGUUUAAAUGCUAUAGUGAGAUCCUUGCCAUCGGUAGAAACCUUGGGCUGCACGACAGUAAUCUGCAGUGACAAGACUGGCACUCUCACAACAAAUAUGAUGUCUGUGUCAAAGAUUUGUGUGCUUCAUUCAUUAAACAAUGGUCCAGUAGCCUCUGAAUACGUCGUUAGUGGAACAACUUACGCACCAGAAGGUUUUAUAUUUGACAGCUUGAGAGCCCAGCUAGAGAUUCCUUCUCAGUUUCCUUGUCUUCUUCAUUUAGCAAUGUGCUCUGCUCUUUGCAAUGAGUCUGUUAUACAAUACAACCCAGAUAAGAGGAUUUAUGAGAAGAUUGGUGAAUCAACUGAAGUUGCCCUCCGUUUGCUGGCAGAAAAAAUUGGUCUUCCUGGUUUUGAUACAAUGCCAUCUGCUUUAAAUAUGCUAAGUAAGCAUGAACGGGCGUCUUAUUGUAAUCGCUAUUGGGAAAGCCAAUUUAAAAAGGUUUCUGUAUUGGAAUUUUCACGUGAUCGCAAAAUGAUGAGUGUGCUCUGUAGCCGGAAGCAGAUGGACAUAAUGUUCUCAAAAGGAGCUCCAGAAAGCAUACUUUCAAGGUGUACCAAUAUACUGUGCAAUGAUGAUGGUUCCACGGUCCCUCUUUCCGCACAUAUUAGAGCUCAGUUAGAAGCAAAAUAUAGUAGUUUUGCAGGAAAAGAAACUCUUAGAUGCUUAGCUCUUGCCUUGAAAAGAAUGCCUAUGGGUCAACAGUCGCUCUCCUUUGAUGAUGAAAAUGAACUUACGUUUAUUGGGUUGGUUGGGAUGCUUGAUCCACCAAGGGAUGAAGUAAGAAAUGCCAUCCUUUCAUGUAUGAAUGCGGGCAUACGUGUAAUUGUUGUUACCGGGGAUAACAAGACAACUGCUGAAUCUUUGUGCCAAAAGAUUGGUGCGUUUGAUCACUUGGGAGAUUUUACUGGGUUUUCUUAUACUGCUUCUGAGUUUGAAGAACUCCCGGCAUUGCAGAAAUCAGUGGCAUUACAACGAAUGACAAUUUUAUCCAGGGUUGAACCAUCCCACAAAAGGAUGCUGGUUGAAGCAUUACAGAAUCAAAAUGAAGUGGUUGCAAUGACUGGAGAUGGAGUCAAUGAUGCACCUGCACUGAAGAAAGCGAACAUUGGAAUUGCCAUGGGAUCGGGAACUGCAGUUGCGAAGAGUGCUUCAGAUAUGGUUUUAGCAGAUGACAACUUCGCCACCGUUGUUGCUGCAGUUGCUGAGGGAAGGGCUAUAUAUAACAAUACGAAACAAUUUAUUAGAUACAUGAUAUCUUCAAACAUUGGUGAAGUGGUUUGUAUAUUUGUGGCAGCUAUGCUUGGGAUUCCUGAUACUCUUGUGCCUGUCCAACUGCUAUGGGUAAACUUGGUCACUGAUGGAUUGCCUGCCACUGCUAUUGGGUUUAAUAAACAAGACUCAGAUGUUAUGAAGUCCAAACCGCGAAAGGUCAAUGAAGCAGUGGUUAGUGGGUGGCUGUUUUUUCGUUAUCUAGUUAUUGGAGCCUAUGUUGGACUUGCCACUGUUGCAGGAUUCAUAUGGUGGUUUGUUUACUAUGAUAAUGGACCCAAACUCCCAUAUACUGAAUUGAUGAAUUUCGACAGUUGUUCAACAAGGGAAACAAAUUAUCCGUGCAGUAUAUUCAGUAAUCGCCACCCAUCUACUGUUUCCAUGACGGUGCUUGUUGUUGUUGAGAUGUUCAAUGCAUUGAAUAAUCUUAGUGAAAAUCAAUCUUUACUUGUCAUCCCUCCAUGGAGUAAUCUAUGGCUCGUUGCUUCGAUUAUCUUCACCAUGAUCCUUCACAUUCUCAUUCUUUAUGUGCAACCAUUAUCUGCUUUAUUCUCUGUGACACCGUUAAGCUACGCAGAGUGGACAAUUGUCCUAUAUCUUUCAUUUCCUGUGAUAUUGAUCGAUGAAAUACUCAAGUUCUUAUCUCGAAAUUCAGGAAUAAGAUUCACUUUCAGAUUCAGACGUGCUGAUUUACUCCCAAAAAGAGAAAUACGCGACAAGUAAGCUCUCAGACUUUGCAAAAGGGAAGUACACCAGGGAUGUUGCAAUUAUAUGACUGGAACCAUUUUAUAUUAUUGCAAGUAUAUUGGAAGCAGAGGUAGGCCGAAGAAAUAUUGGAGGGAGGUGAUUUGACAUGAUAUGGAGCAGUUAUAGCUUAUGGAGGACAUGACACUUAAUAGGAAAGUGUGAAGGACAAGGAUUAGGGUAGAGGGUUAAGGGGUGGGUCUUGUUCGUGGUGAUGUGUGAUGUCUAUGAUUUCGGUUAGUUAGUUCUUAGGAUUAUCUUGUGGCUGUAGUAUUAUCUUGUGGCUACCAGUGUUAGUUUAUUUUGCAUACCGUACUAGUUUAUAUGCACUUAUCUUUUGUGUUUGUUA